AUGGCUUCCUCGGGUGAGCCAAUUUCUUCUCCCUCAAAUCUCCCUUCAUCACUACCAGCAAAAUCCGACCAAAUCCACGUGUUCUGGCACGAGGGCAUGCUGGAACACGACACGGGCAAAGGAGUUUUUGACACAGGAAUGAAUCCUGGUUUUCUUGAUGUCCUAGACAAGCACCCUGAGAAUUCAGACAGGGUGAAAAAUAUGGUGUCCAUUCUUAAAAAGGGACCCAUUGCACCUUUCAUUUCUUGGCACCAAGGAAGGCCUUCCCUCAUCUCUGAAUUGCUUUAUUUUCAUACUCAAGAUUACAUAAACGAACUGGUUGAGGCUGACAAAAAUGGGGGAAAGCUCAUUUGUGCUGGAACAUUCUUAAAUCCCGGAUCAUGGGAUGCUGCACUUCUUGCUGCUGGUACCACGUUAUCAGCAAUGCAAUAUAUCCUUGAUGGGCACGGAAAAAUUGCUUAUGCAUUGGUUAGGCCUCCAGGUCAUCAUGCUCAGCCUACUCAAGCAGACGGAUACUGCUUUCUCAAUAAUGCUGGUCUUGCUGUACAGCUCGGGCUCGAUUCUAGGUUUAAAAAAGUUGCAGUUAUCGACAUUGAUGUCCAUUACGGGAAUGGAACUGCAGAAGGUUUCUAUUGCUCUGAUAGGGUUCUUACUAUCUCCCUUCAUAUGAAUCAUGGUUCAUGGGGUCCUUCUCAUCCACAGACGGGAAGUGUGGACGAACUUGGUGAAGGGGGUGGCUUUGGAUAUAAUUUGAAUAUACCUCUGCCAAAUGGAACUGGAGAUAGAGGGUAUGCGUAUGCUAUGGCCAAGUUAGUUGUUCCAUCCGUAGAGAAAUUCGAACCCGACAUGAUUGUUUUGGUCGUUGGUCAAGACUCCAGUGCAUUUGAUCCGAACGGAAGGCAAUGCCUGACAAUGGAAGGAUAUAGGGAGAUUGGACAUAAAGUUCGCAAAAUGGCUGACAAGUAUUGCGAUGGACGUAUCUUGAUCGUCCAAGAAGGUGGAUAUCAUGUUACAUAUUCAGCUUAUUGUUUGCAUGCAACUCUUGAGGGUGUGCUCAAUAUUCCAUAUCCAUUAAUAUCUGAUCCUAUUGCCUAUUACCCGGAAGAUGAGGCCUUCACGACUGAAGUUGUCGAAUCCAUGAAGCGAUAUCAAAUGGAUAAGUGUGACUAG